CAUGCAUCAUAUUGGCGAGUACAGCCGACGCCGUACGAAGAUCGGCGAACGGGAUGCAAGAGGGGGUCACGUGACUGAUAUGCCUACAGUAACGAUCGCAGGAGAGCGCCACGAUCAGUUGAGCUUGCAGCGAGCAUUUGGAAGUAUUGCACUUGUUUGUAUUGUGUUGUAUUGUUGAAGUAGAAACUGUCAUUAACCUCAAACAUAUAUUACACUGAUUUAAAAAGAAGGGGUAAAAACUAAUCAUUAUUAGAAAAUUAAGUGAACAAAGAAAAGAAGAGAACCGAGAUACUAGGUUAUCACCCAACGAUUAUGUACCGUAUCAUUACGCAAAACGACGACGCAUGCGAGCCGCUUACACUUUCAUCGUCCACCGAUGAAUUGGACGCUAACUCAGCUGGUUGAAAUAAUAACGUCAACCACAUUACAUUACAACACGUAGUGCACAUUUAACUCUUAUUUAUACCAUCAGUACUAAAACAGCAAUAUCUAUUUCAAUAAAUUAUUUGCAAGAAUUUAUUAUAAUUAUAAAGUGACGAUUAUUAACUAAUGGAGGAAAAUAUGACAGAACAACAGAAAAGGAUUCAAGAGGAUGACUCUAACAAUGCUAUUGGUAAUAGUAUUCUUAGAAAUCAUUCUUGGAGUCAAGCGUUCGAUAGCGAAGAAGGGGACGAUGGAAAUGAAAAUGGACCACUUCGCGCUAGCUCAAGCUGCAAUCGACCAAUCGCAGAAGAAGAUGAUAGUUGUACCAUGACGACUAUCGCCGAGGAUAAAAUGAGGAGAAAGCUUAAAUUCUUUUUCAUGAAUCCAAUUGAAAAAUGGCAAGCCAAACGAAGAUUCCCAUACAAAUUCAUUGUGCAGGUCUUCAAAAUCGUAUUGGUCACCGUUCAAUUGUGCCUAUUUGCGCAUAACAAUUAUAUGCACGUUAAUUAUACAUGGGACAACCGUAUUACGUUUUCUCAUCUCUUUCUACGUGGAUGGGAUGCCACGCUUGAGGUACCUGCUUAUCCUCCAGCAACUGGCCCAUUAGCUCUCUACAAAAAGGAUGCAUUUUUCAGUACCAUUGAUUAUGCAUUAGCCGGUUAUUAUAAUCUUAGUAAUUCCAUUGGUUCUUAUUCGUACAACGCCGAGAAUAAUAUGCCAGGAACCGUGGAAUUAUGUUUGCAUCAAUAUAAAGAAAGCAUUAUAUUCGGCUUCAACGAAAGUUACGUCUUUGAUAAGGAGAUCUUAAAAACUUGUGUGAACAUAACUAAAGAGUGUCAUGACAAAUUCAAUAAGUCGAAAAAUUUAUUGUCUACGCAAAACGUAGAUGUGAAUUUCUCGGCUCUAGUAAUGGCAUAUUUAAAAUUUGCAGUUAAAACUGUUAAUCUCAAAGCUGCCGGUCCGAUGACACCACCAGAUUGUUACCAGUUCGAUAUUAAAAUCAUUUUUGAUAAUCGCGAUUUAGACGGACAAAUGUUAUUAUCCUUGGAUGCCGAGCCACAAAGAUUAUAUUGCAAGGGUGACACCCGUUAUAUAAUGGACAAUCAAAUCGAGUCCGCAUUAAGAACAUUAUUAAAUUUACUCGUCAUAUUUAUAUGUAGCGUAUCACUUGCCCUAUGCUCGAGAGCCAUUUACAGAGCGCAAUUGCUUAAACUCGAGACUAUGAAUUUCUUCAAAAAAACUUACGGAAAAGAGUUAAGUUUAGAAGGUAAAGUAGAAUUUUGGAAUCUUUGGUACAUAAUGAUAAUUAUCAACGAUCUCCUCAUCAUCAUCGGUUCCUCCAUAAAAGAACAAAUCGAGAGAAAAUAUUUUGGUAGCGAUCACUGGAACGUUUGUAGUAUAUUUUUAGGUACGGGUAAUUUAUUGGUAUGGUUUGGCGUAUUAAGAUACCUCGGCUUUUUCAAAACAUACAAUGUUGUUAUAUUGACAUUGAAAAAGGCUGCUCCCAAAGUAGCUAGGUUUUUAAUAUGCGCCAUAUUGAUAUACGCCGGUUUCACUUUUUGUGGCUGGUUAAUAUUAGGUCCGUAUCAUAUGAAAUUUCGAUCGCUCGCAACUACUUCCGAAUGUUUGUUUGCGCUUAUCAACGGUGACGACAUGUUCGCAACAUUUACCAUAACGUCGUUCAAAUCCCCGAUGCUGUGGUGGUACUCGAGAAUUUAUUUAUACACCUUCAUUUCUUUGUACAUUUACGUCGUAUUAAGUUUAUUUAUUUCUGUGAUAAUGGACGCCUAUGAUACGAUUAAAAUUUAUUAUCGAGAUGGCUUCCCCAAAAACGAUGUGCAAACUUUUAUAUCCGCUUGCACGGAUGAAGCAUCAAGCGGCCUCUUCAGAGACGGAUGCGAUAAAGGUGAUAUUACGGAGCUUAUUGAUAGGUUUUGUUGUUGUCGGAAAAGACCCUCUUAUGGUUCUUUCUCGGGAUCGAACACAGAUUUUUCUAUUAAAACUGAACAAACCUGUGGAGAAAGAGGAGGAACAGGAGCCAUCUGUGUAUAGUUCGUUAAGGGAUUAUUUUCCAAGCACAAAUUAUGGUUCCACUGUUACGUGAAUGAUUAUAAUUAAGGUUUAGAAAAAAUUCUUUUUUUUAAUAAUAUUAUUAUCUUAGGUAAUUAAAUUUCGUUUAGAUACAAAAAAAAAAUUUGUAACCUUUUGUGCAUUUAUCGUCAAUGCUAUAUUAUCAAAGUUUUAUUCAAUGGUGCUAAUAUUACAUAUGUAUUAUUAUGAUUCCACAGUAGAGUAAUAGAAAAUAUUAGAACGUUUUACUUUUAAUAA